AUGAUUGCAUUCCUGAAGAAUGAUGUGUGUCAGGGGAGGUGUGGGUGGCAUGGUGGCCUGGCCUCUGAGUGUGAACAUGCCACAGGAGAAAAGAUUGGAUCAGACGGCACAGGCAACGGCAGCGACGAAGAAGGGUCUAAAGCAAGUGCUGCAGGUUCAGAAAGUGACUCGGACAACGCUGGCUCAGCAGACGAUGGUAUAGAUGAAGAGGAGGCCAAAGACCUGACUGCUGAGGACAACCUAACGGAAGACGAAGAGAAGGCCAAACAGCAGCCUUCCUCAGACAGCUCCACCAAAGACACCCCCGCCGCCACCCCGCCCAAAAACCGACGCAAGAGCAAGAAGACAUCAGAGCCUGAACCUGCUCCUGCGGCUGGUGGCGCGGAAUCUACCUCAACGUCAGGGCCCGGUGGCACCAACUCAGAAGAGUCUCAGGCCGAGCCCAAGAAAUGGAACUUCCGCAGGAACCGGCCCUUGCUGGACUUCACCACCAUGGAGGAACUGAAUGAGAUGGACGACUAUGACAGCGAGGACGACAACGACUGGAGGCCCACAGCAGGGAAGAAGAAAGGCAAAGCAGCUGCUCAGAAAGGUGGGACAGAGGAAGAGGACGGCGGCAGUGGCAGUGACGACGACGAAAAUGAUAACGACGAUGAUGAGGAUGAGGAUGAUGAUGAUGACGAGGAUGACAAGGAAGAUGGCGAUGACAACAACAACAACAGUAGCAGCGAUAGUGACAAAGAGAUGAAGAAGCCCAAGAAGAAGACUAAGAGCAGCAGUGCUUUUGAUGAAGAGCUGACUAAUGACAGCAUGUCCCAGGGAAAGGGCAACGAGGAUGCCUUGCUGGACCGGUCCCAGACCUGGAGCACUCAGCACAUCCUCAUCUGCUGCGUCUGUUUGGGUGACAACAGCGAGGAUGCAGAUGAGAUAAUCCAGUGUGACAACUGCGGGGUGACCGUGCACGAAGGUAAGCGUGUGUAGAUAGAACAGAUUCAU